AGAAGCCCCCCAAAAAGGUUGAAGGCGUGCCGGUGACGAACGCAGCUACCCGCCGGAAUAUUCUUCUUCCCCUCUUCCGGCCCUAUUUCUUCUUCUCAUCGGAAUCAAUGUGUUGAUGUUUGAUUCAUUUUAAUUUCAUUCCUUUACAUAUACUCCGUAUAAUUAACAAGCAAUUUCAAUACAUGAAAUCUGGUAAACACUGCUAAUUACGAUCAUUGCUCCGCUUAGAUCAAAUCUGUUGUUUUCGAAUAGUAACUAAUCAGCUUAAUCCUCAGCUGAAAAGUUCUUAUCAGAGUUUAAUUACUGCAUAAGAGAAAUACUGUGUUUAUGUUCUUAAAAGUUCACCUCCUAAUGUGAAGAACUUUAGAAUUAAGAUGAAUGUUAGUAUUUUUGUUUCAAUGCCGCUCUCUAAUAAAUAGGUAGAUUUAAUUCUCGGCUCAGAUUGCGAAACAUGCCUUAUCACGUUCGUGAGAAUCUGUUAAUCGGGAACACGAGAGAUGCUGCAGAGAUUCUCCUGCAAGGCAGCGAGCGGAUUACGCACAUACUAUCAGUUAACAGCUCUGCUUCAUUUUCAUUUUUAUGGCGCACUGAGCCAGCGAUCCCGGCCCAGGAGAUUCGUAAGGUGUAUUUUGGUGGUAAUGGAUCCGAGGGAAAUGCCACUGCUGUAUCAAACCAGAAGCUUAUGUACUUGUUGGAGCAUGUUGGGAAGGAUCUGAAGUUUGUGAGGAUGGCAGUAGCUCUAAGGGAUGUGGAGAGUGAGAACUUGCUGGAUAAUUUGGAAGUGUGUUUGGAUUUCAUUGAAGAAAGUAGAAAAAAGGGGGGUGUGCUGGUGCAUUGUUUUGCCGGUGCCUCAAGAAGUGCAGCUGUGGUUACAGCAUACUUGAUGAGGUCUGAGCAGCUAUCAUAUAAAGACGCAUUUGAAUCGUUAUCCCAAAGCUGUGAGUCUGUCUGCCCCAAUGAUGGUUUCGUAGAUCAGUUAAAAAUGUUCGAAGCAAUGGGCUUUAAGGUUAAUCGUGCCAGUUCCGUAUACAAACGUUUUCACUUAAGGAAACUAGGUGAGAGCUAUAAUUGUGGAGAAAUAGAUGCAUCCAAGUUUGCAGAAGAUCCUGCUUUGCAGAAGCUCGCCUCGUUUGUUGCUGAUGAUGAUGAUGAGCAGCAGUCCUCGAGUGUGAAACCUGCCAUUCCUAUUCAAGCAUACCGCUGCAAGAAAUGCCAGAGGAUAGUUGCAGUGCAAGACAAUGUUGUUGAUCAUGUUCCUGGUGAGGGUGAACCGGCUUUCGCAUCCUCUAAAACCAGAAACGGCGUUCCUUUCGACAAAGGAGACGACAAUGAGUGUUCAUCGCUCUUCAUUGAGCCUCUUCGGUGGAUGACUGCAGAGUUGGGGAGGGUGGCAUUGAAGGAAAGCUCUCCUGCAUCCAAAAUGUGAGGCUCAACUUGGCUACUUCAAUUGGUCAGGCACCCAGUGCAACUGGUGGAUCUCACCACUCUCUGAAGUUUCAUCACACACUACUACUACUACUAUUGUGUGGCAUUUUAUUUUACUCGGUUUGUUGUUGUACGAAGUAUCAUUUACUCUAAUAUAUAUUUGGAGCCUCCAUUACUGGGUUUGU